AUUCUCUCCCACCCAAUUACCCCUCCCUAUGUGCAGCUGAAACUGUCCCAUUCUGGCAUUUGGCUGGCAGCAGAGGCAGAGACCCUACAGUACCAUGUGGCGCUAUGUGGUCCUGCUCCUGGGAACUGUAUCCUGCUCCCAAACCAGCAAUAACAGCCCACUGUCUGGAACCAUCACGUCCCCCAAUUACCCCAAACUGUACCCCAGAUUCAAUGACAGCACCUGGGAUAUUAUUGUCCCUGAAGGGUAUUACGUUUCCCUCAACUUCUCCGUGUUUGAUAUUGAACCCUCCGAAAACUGCUCCCACGGCUUUGUGAAGGUAAUGGCCGAUGGGAAGGAGCUGGGCCAAUUCUGUGGCCCCGUGAACUCCUCCAGCCACCCUGGCAACCGCCAGUUUGUGUCACUAGGAAACCAAAUGAGAAUUCACUUCCAGUCUAAUUUCUCCAAGGAGAUGGAUGGGGACAUCAUUCAAUACAAAGGGUUCCAGGCCUUUUAUCAGGCCAUUGUUGUGACCUGUGAAGACCCCCCGGUUCUGACCAAUGGACAGUACACAUUCCUGACGGCACCAGGCAGACUGGAAUACAGAUCUGCUAUUCAGUAUCAAUGUAAUGCCCCUUACUACAACAUGGUGACCCCUAACGGCAGCGAUACGUACACAUGUUCCGCCCAGCGAGAGUGGAGGGAUGAGCACGGAGGGAAUAGGAUCCCACGCUGCAGGCCAGUGUGCGGGAAGCCAGGAGAUCCUGUGGGAAGCUUUGGGCGUAUCCUUCACGGUAAGAAGGCAGAUCCUGGGAACUUCCCUUGGCAGGUUUAUGUUUCAAGAUAUGGAACGGCCGGCGGGGCGCUGAUUGGGGAGCAGUGGGUGCUCACAGCAGCCCAAGUACUUCCCGAUGAUAAAGAGAAGCAAGACCUGGCUGAUGUGCACGUCUAUAUGGGGAGUGUGGAAAUGAAACACCUAAAGGAGCUGGGCACCCACCCGGUCGAGGCAUUCUACAUGCACCCCAACUUCAACAGGAACAACUACGACAAUGAUAUUGCUCUAAUACGACUGAAAAAUCCAGUGGUCAUGAACCAAAAUGUGUCUCCAAUCUGCCUGCCCAGCCCACAGGAUGAAGAUGAUAUUUACCAGAAAGAUAGAAUUGGCUAUGUGAGUGGCUAUGGGGUGAACGAGAACCGCGACAUCCCCAAUGAGCUCCGCUACGUCAGCGUGCCAAUGGCCAGCAGGCAGGACUGUAAGGCUUAUUUAAAUAAGAAGAGGCCCAUUAGGAACCCCAGCCAUGAGGAGAGAUAUCUAUUUUCCAGAAACAUGUUCUGUGCCGGAUUCCCCGAGGGCUCACUUAAUAAAGGAGACUCAUGUAGGGGGGACAGUGGUGGGGCCUAUACUACCCAAAACAAGCAGGACACCUGGGUGGCCACAGGGCUUGUUUCAUGGGGCUUUGACUGUGGCCAGGGCUAUGGGUUCUACACUAAGGUCAGUAAUUAUGUGGACUGGAUAAAGAGCUAUGUGGGUGAAGAUAUAUAACGUUCCAUAGGAGCGCUAUAGCGAUAAACAUGGUACAUCUCUAUGUACUUUCAUCAUGGGGUUUGAUUCGCUCUUUUAAUUACAUUAACAGCCCCCUCUAAUGUAAAAGCUACUGUAAGUGUGUGGGGUCGGGCAAUAAUCGCUGGGGGUAAAUAGGGUAAUACAACAACAGGCACAAAUAUUAGUCCUGGGCUAAGCAACCCAUAGCAACCAGCCAGAUAUUUUCAGACCAGAAAAUGCAGAUUUUACCCUCUUUGUUUGUAUCUAUAAUUAUAAUUGUGUUAAUUUUGCAGCCUGUUACGCACAAAAUGUUUGUCGGGAUAAUAAAGUCCAAAUUCAGUUCAAGGAAA